GUGUCGAAAAUAAAUUAUCACAUUUUUUAUUAAGAUUCUUUUUAGUUUUAUCGCUUUUGUUACUAUUUUCGCAUUUAAUAAAUUUUCUUAUGGAAAAUAUUGGGAACGCCACCAUUCCCGAGCUUCACACCUGGAAUUUAACCAUCUAUUAACAAGUGCUUUAAGCAUAAAUAAAAGUUCCACUUAAAAAUUCAACGCCAAACACAUCCUAACUUCCAAAUUCUGCUCCUGUUUUACAUAUCCAAAGGAAUAAAAGGACGUUCCUAACUUUUUUUCAUUUAUUCAGGUAAAACUUAAGUCUUUAAAAAUCAGAAAAAACUCGGCUCCGAUUAAAAUUUAUAUUGCCAAAAUAUCAAGAAGAACACAAAUUAUCCGGUGUUGCGGAUUCAAAAAAUGUUUGCCAACGAGGAACAGCACCUCUAAUAAGACAAGCCAACACGACCGAGUAGCUCCAACAUUCCCGCUAAUAAAUACGGACGGCAAAACAGAAAGCAGCUCCAAACUGCUGCCGACUGAAAUUAAUGAAGACGUUGAAACGACUAAAUCAAAUCAAGAUGCAAGCACAGCAUUUGUUGAGUUCAGCACGCCUGAAAAAACUGAGCCAACUAUUUCUGAUGUCAUUUCGAGCGAAGCCUCUACAAUAAAGGCUACAUCAGUCACAAUUUUAACAACAGGAACGCCACUAAUCGAUGCCACAACUAAUUUUACCUCGAAAUUUGAGAUUGGUUUUUUUUAACUCUCUUUUAUUUAAUAUUUUAAGAAAAAAAUAACAUCUGGCAGCAACCACUUCAACAACAACAACAACAACUUCUACUUCAACAGCGACAACUUCAACUGCAACCAUUUUAACAACAACCAGUACAACCAUUUCAACUACAACCACUUCAUCAGUAGCACGAACAACAACAACAUCAACAAUAACAACAUCCACAACAACCACAAGAACAACAAUAAAAAAGAUCAUUAUGCCUUGUCUCACAACGUGCGAAGAUUUCAACAAUUUUCUUUCUAAUCACUCGACAAAUAGACCCACACAGUGAAUCCCUGUUCGACUCAGACGGAAAUUUGAUAAGCAUGAACUUCAAUCUGUUUUUUUAUUAACUUUAAAUGAAAUUUUCAAACAGAUAAAAGAUUAUACGGAAUUUGGAUCGAUAUCGGCAAAUACACGUAUCUCUUGGGAAACAAACCGAUGAAUUGGGAAGAAAGCUACCAACAGUGUUCUGCUUUAGGAAUGGAAGCUCUCAACUUGGAAGACGCUUUCGAACAAGAAGGUUUGACCAAUUUGACCGUUGGCAUCAAUUCAGCUGACUGGAAGGCGAAUUUCAAUUACUGGACCGCUGGUCGGCGGCAGGGGGCUUCUCUUAGCCAGUGGGCUUGGUGCAAACCCGAUGGACCCACAUUUUUCUCUACAGAUUUGAAAUGGGAGCACGGGCAGCCAGACAACGCAGGCGGAAAUGAAGCUUGCGCCCAUUUCCGCUUCGUUUUGAAUUCCACGGGCACUAUCAUCACGGACCGCAACUGCAUGAGCAAAUUCAUUUUUGCUUGCAAAAUGCAGAUCAGCACAACCCCAAAGCCAUGCAUUGUUUCCUGCCCAAAGGACUCAUGCAAGAGAAAUGCAUCUUUAUUCGACUGGGGAAACAACCUGAAAAAUGGCUACGUUUAUGGCAAUUGGUACGAUGGAUGCGGCCGCCAAUUUCUAUUUUACUCGAAUAAUCCCUCAAAUUGGGCCACUGCCUAUCAACAAUGUUGUGGAAUUGGCUUGAAUCUGGCCUCGAUGGAGUCUGAGGGGAAACUACGGUGCUUAUUCAACGUAGCUAAAAAACUAUACUAUUCUGAAAAUUUGGGGGAUUUUUGGCUCUCUGGUACUGAUAUGGGAUGCCCUUCUAACUACCACUGGUGCUCCCUGAAUCGGGAUUUCAUCAACCCUGAGAUCAGGUGGAAGGAUGGCCACCCCAAGGUGGGUCCAAACUGCGUUUAUCUCGAGGUGAGGAACGAAUCGAUGCUACUCGCCACUGCCGACUGCAACGAGGGAAAACAUUUCCUUUGCGACGCGAGAAAAAAGGCGACAGUCCAAAGGGGGAUGCAGGGAGAAUGCGCUGAGAUUUGGGACAUCACAUCUGAUCAAAUUGACUUGCUUCUGAACGCCAGUGCUUUUCUUUCUGCAAACGUCUCUUUUAAUCUUAAAUGCUUUUUGAAAUGUAUCGGGGUUGAAUUAGGAUUGUUUGACCUGGGUGCGCUGGUGAAAAUUGCCGCAUUAAGACAGAUAGAAUUCGUGUCCCAGGACGAACCUUUGAAAAUGCAACAAGGUUUUGAUGCCUUCGAUAUGUGCAGUAAAAUUAAUUCUAACGAUGAAUGCGUGACUGCAUACGAAACCUACAAGUGCGGUCAGCAGAAUCAGCCGGAUUUAAUGUCCAAAAUAGUGACUAAUAAUUUCGACAACGGGACAGUGUACACCCCUCCGAUGCCGUGCGCUCCAGUUCGCAGAUUUUGUCAGCUUCCGAAUAUGAUCCCUUGCGAAAUAAACCAAACACUUUUAGACGCACUGAAUGCUGCUGGGAACGAUUCUCUUGGGCGUUUGGUAACAUACCAAAAUGAGACGUAUUACGUCAGCAUUCAUGAUAGUUCGAAUGGACACAAUCCUGUGGCGGCCUACAAACAGUGCUGCGCUCGCGGAAUGCGACUUUUCGAGCCUCGGACCCCCGCAUUGUUCAACUGGUCAUACUACUCCUUGUACCCAUUUUCCACUCCGAGUAAUAUGAUCGUUGGUGAGACAGAGUUCAUAAACCAGACGCACGAGGUGUGGUGCCGCAGCCGAGUCGUUGUCCCAGACUCCCUUUACAACUAUCUGCCCAGAUACCCGUGCUUUAAGUCUUUCCUCUACGUGCAUGAUUGGAAAGUCGGCGUUUGGUCUAGAGAGAACGGCGACAUUUUUGCUUAUUUUAUCAGCUUGCUGAACUCUACAGAAAGAACGUACUUUGACUUUUUCGUCUGCGAGAAACCAUAAAAUAAUAUUAAUUUAUGUUAUUUCUCUUUGGGUAUAGAAUAAAUAUUGCGUUUCUGUG